AUGAAUGCUUGUUUAGUUCAUAAUAAUUGGAAGGGAAUGACAAAGGAGGUUGAUAAUGGUGUUGAGGCUGGAACAAAGGGUGAUAAGGGUAACACAAAGAUUUCAGUUGAUCGUGAGGCAUAUUACGGGAAGAAGAAGUCUUCUGUAGCGCCUGAAAAUGGGAAGAGGAAAAAAUGUGAAGGACAGUACGGUGUUGAAGCAGGGCCAAGCGGUGGGAAAGGCAAGGUAUUAGCAAAUGGUCCAGGAUGUGCUGCUGAAGUGAAAGGGAGUUCUCAUCAUGAAUACAUAACCAUAUCAUCGGAUAGUGAGAGGACCUUUACUCCCAUCAAUAAGGAAGAGUUUGAAUAG